CAUGUACUUCGCGCCUUAUGGCGAUUGCGCCGUUAAAUAGCUGCUGUCGGAGUUUAUUAGCUAGGUAUAGAUUUGAGCAGAAGGCAACAACAUUAUCUCGAUCGCUAAGUAAUCAGAGAGGUGACUCACUCAUUUUCCGGUCACCUUGUUCCAUUACUUUUCUAUCUCUUCGUCCCCAAUGAAGGAGAGUUUCCCACGAAUUCUGAAUGACCACUUUUUGAAACACCUCACAACCUCACAAAUACCACUGUCGGUUUACUCUAUCGAGACUGGGCUCGUUGUUUGGGCAAGACUCAUACACCACAAUGUCCACGACAACUACAAAUCUAAGUCCGGACAUCCACCUCAUCGGCCCAACCACACCAGAAAUCUCAACCAUACUAUCUAGCAUAGUCCACCUGCACGCAUCAUGCAUUCUGAACGACUACACCUUGGCCACAUUCCUCCCACCACUCUCCCACGAUUUCAUGAGUCAAUGGUGGCAGGGCCAACUGGACGAAGUCACCGCCGGAAAGAGGCACAUCAUCAUUCAAAUCAGUGAAGUUUCGGAUCGCAGUAGCAACAACGACAAAGACGUCGCGGCACCUUGGUCGAGUGAAGGUCGCGACUGGCCUCUAUUGAAGAACGGACUCGAAGUUUCUGGUGUCGUGGCUCUAUCUACGCCGUUCAGUCAGACCGGUCCGUUCAGGGCGGUCGUUCAGAAACUGUUCGUCUCGCCACUACAUCGACAACGAGGCAUCGCGAGACGGAUGAUGGUCAAGUUGGAAGAAGUGGCCUUGGCCCAUGAUCGGUGGAAUCUCAUGCUCGAUACCACGGUUGGAAGUGCCGCCGAAGACGUCUACCCUAGGCUGGGGUAUGAGAGACUGGGUGUCGUCAGGGAGUACGGGUAUAGUCCGAAGGAUGGACGGCUGGUGGAUGAAGUUUGGUUUUGGAAGGAUCUCAGGAAACACCGCUUACAAGAGCGGUAGACAAGAUAGCAGAGUCUAGGGCUGGUGUCUCUGAGAAGGGGAUAGCCCUUGCCUGAGAUAGCACACGCCAGGACGGGGAUCCUAUGUAUGCAUAAGAGGCACGUUUGAAAUAUAUCAGAGUAGAAAGCUAGAGUCAUAGAACGUAUUGGUACCUAGGUAGUUGCACAAAGACAAUGUUUGUGGUGGUAG